AUGCUGAAUCUAAAACAAAGAAGGGAGGAAGAGAAAAAAGAAAAUGAAAUUGCAAAAGCUAAGAAAAUGGUGCAAGCAGAAUCAGAAGUGAGUGAACCAGCUUCAGAAAAACCAAAAACAACAGUGGAGGAGAUUGUUGUACAAGAAGAGAAGAUUGUGAGCUCGGAUGAAGCUACAGUGGAGCCUGAGUUGCAUGUAUCAGAAAUGAUGCCUGUAACUAAUGUAAUUGAAGAGGAGCCUGCACCAGAAGUGAGAAAUGAAGAGGUUUCUGCACCACAAGUGAUUGAGAAGAAGGUUACACCAGAUGGGGUCGAGGAGCAGCCUGCAAAAAAUAAGAAAAAUGAAAGUGCUGAACCACAAGUGCUUGAGAACACGGUUGCACAACAAAUGGUUGAGGAGCCAGCAGAACCUCAUACUCCUACACAGUCGCAGGUGCAACAACCAGUGGAAGCUGAACUAUCUGUUGGUGCAGAACAAUCUUCUCUUCCUUCACCAAAAACUCCAUUGAAUGAAGUCUCAAUAUCAACAUUAAUUUCAAGCACAAAAACAGAUUUGAAAUUGGACGAAAUUUUUGAAGACAAAGGAGAAAAAGAAGAUGAAGGAGAAGGAAAUGAGAAAGGUGACAAAGGAAAAAGACCUCAAAGGAUUCACAAACUACCGGCUGCCUUCUCUUCUCCAUAUUUGGUCAAGUAUCGAGACUUGUUCAAAAAUCUGGACACAAUGCAUCAAAGCCUAGCAGAUUAUGUCUUAAGUGGUCAGGACAACAUUGAGGUUCUUUAUUUUGAUGGAUACAACUACGUCAAUAGAGAGGACAUGAAAACACUGGUUGAUGAAGCGGAAGUGGUUGACUGUGUGAUUGAUUCAUGGUCAAAGUAUCUAAAUGCAAAGGGCCAUAAAGAUAAACUCUUCCUUUCAACAGUUCCAUAUGUAAGUAUAAUAAUUGAUGUUAUUUAA